AUGGCCCAGAGGGCAGGCCUGGGGCCUAGGCGGCUGGAGGCCGCUGCCAUUCUGCUUUUGCUUGGACUGGUCCGGCCCGGGCUGGCCUCUUGCGGUGUGGCCUCCCAAGCACGCAUCACAGGUGGUAACAGUGCAACCCCUGGCCAGUGGCCCUGGCAGGUCAGCAUCCUCUAUGAUGGCAAUCACGUGUGUGGCGGUUCUCUCGUGUCUGAGCAGUGGGUUCUGUCGGCUGCCCACUGCUUUCCAAGGGAGCACCACAAGGAAGACUACGAUGUAAAGCUAGGGGCCCACCAGCUGGACUCCUACACCCCUGUGGCCGAGGUUCGCUCGGUGGCCCAGGUCAUUUCCCACCCCAGUUACCGCCAGGAGGGCUCCCAGGGGGACAUCGCACUCGUCCGUCUCAGCAACCCCAUCACCUUCUCCCGCUACAUCCGGCCCAUCUGCCUCCCUGCAGCCAAUGCCUCCUUCCCCAACGGCCUCCAAUGCACUGUCACUGGAUGGGGCCACGUGGCCCCCUCAGUGAGCCUCCAGACCCCCAAGAUACUCCAGCAACUUGAGGUGCCACUGAUCAGCCGUGAGACGUGUAACUGCUUGUACAACAUCAACGCCAAGCCUAAUGAGCCCCACACUAUCCAGCAGGACAUGGUGUGUGCUGGCUAUGUGGAGGGGGGCAAGGAUGCCUGCCAGGGUGACUCUGGGGGCCCACUCUCCUGCCCUGUUGAGGGCCUCUGGUACCUGGCAGGCAUUGUGAGCUGGGGUGAUGCCUGUGGGGCCCCCAACAGGCCUGGUGUGUACACUCUGACCUCCAGCUAUGCCUCCUGGAUUCACCACCAUGUAGCGGAGCUCCAGCCUCAGGUGGUGUCCCACCUCCAGCAGUCCCAGCCCGACAUCCACCUCUGCAGCAAACACGCGGCCGCCUUCAACUCUGCUCCAGGCCAGGGUUUGUUGGGGCUUACCCUUUUGCUAUCACCAGCCCUGACCCUGGGCCUCCUCUAG